GCCUCUCACUGCUCAGCAUCUUCUGGAUGUAGCAAAAGAGGUCGUCCUCUCUACCUCUAUCAUGUGCACCUGGGGCCGAUGUCAUGCUGAGCUCAAUAGCUGGAAAUCUCUUCAAGAGCAUUUACACAGGCAUUGUCAGGAGCAGGGGCCCUCAUCCAGUCAGGGCAUCUGGGAGUGCAAGAUCAAUAGAUGUGUUGGGAGAUACCAUGGGACUCUCCCAGCCCUCCAACAACAUGUCAAUCUGAGUCACUUGUCUAGAGUUGCACUCCCAUGCCCAAUCAGAGGAUGUACCAGCAGCUUUGGGAGGUCAGGAAAUGGGUUGUCUGCACACAUACAGACAACCCAUUUCGAUGUCCUGUCUAUGGACACUAGCCAACCCUUCCACCAACUUCGGCGCCCUCAUCCGCAUCCGCGGGAAGAGCUGUCGGCGCUCCCAGCAUACCCGGUUCCCGUGUACAAGCUGCUGUGUCCAACAGUACGUCCAGCGCGACGGGGGAAGACGCCGACCGCUUCGCAAGGCAGCCGCCGGAAGUGGAGGCGGAUGGACACACAAGCAGCCGCGCCGCCCGAGGAAGACGACGACGACGACGAGGAGCCCGCAAUCCCACUUGCAGAUUUGCCCCCCAUGGACUUGCGCGGCUGCCCCGAGAUUCACGACUACUUCGUGAGGCCGAAGCCGCCAGAGAGUUGGCUGCAGCUCUCGCGCCCACAGCAAGUGGUCGACCCACCUGUGCCCGAAAAACCGCCAGCGCCGAGCAUCGGAUACGACGCGUUUGCCGCGCGUUUCGAGCAGCUCGAGCGGGCGGGACUCAUCGACGGGAAAGGAUUGUGGCCGGAGGAAGGCUGGAACAAGGAAACGUAA